GCAAUAAUUAAAUAUAAAUUUAGUUAAGGGUUGUAUAAUGAAGUUUGCUGAACUCACAAUUAAUAAGAGUCAAUUGUAAAGAUCUAAGCAAACAUCGUAUGAAUUGCAUCCAUCUUGCAUUGAAUGAAUGAGCUGUUUCUAUUAUAACGAGAAAAUUUUUUAAAUUACAAUAAAAAGUGGUUAAAUUCCCAACCAUACCGUUUUUGAAAGUUGUUCAUUUAUUUAUUCAUCAAAUUAUACCAAUUAGGAUUUUAUUCAAUAUUUCAAAAUAUGAGUACUUCAUAUUUGGAAAAAUCCAACGCUCAAGCAUCGAUUGCAAGUGGAGCAAACACUGAAGAUAAAGAGUUUUCCGAUACCAAUAGUGAAGAUUAUGAUAUUGCAUUUAAAUUCCUUCAACAAAAUGAAGGUCAAGAUACAAUAAUUAAAAAUCAAGAAUUACCUCCAAAAGUAUUAAAGAAAUUGGAUUUAAUCAUCUUACCUUUAUUAUGUGCCAUUUAUUUCCUUCAAUUCUUAGAUAAAACUUUAUUAAAUUAUGCUGCUUCAAUGGGUAUUAAAGAUCAUUUAGUUGGAAAUCAAUAUGCUAAUUUAUCAACUAUUUUUUAUGCCGCUUAUAUAUUUGGAGUCCCUUUCGUUAGUUAUUUCUUACAAAAAUUCCCCUUAUCGAAAACAUUAGGGUUUUUCAUUAUUUUAUGGGGAAUUGUUGUAGCUUGUCAUGCUGCUUGUAAAACUUAUGCUUCAUUAAUGAUUGUGAGAACUUUAUUAGGGAUUUUUGAAUCAUCUUCAGCCGUGGCCUUAAUUAUGAUUAGUGGGAUGUAUUAUACUAGAUCUCAACAAGUUGCUAGAAUGGGUUAUUGGUCAGUGAUGUCAGGUGCGGCCACUAUUGUUGGAGGUUUAUUAUCAUUUGGAUUCCAACAUGUUCAUUCAACAAAAUUUGUAUCUUGGCAAAUAUUAUUCUUAUUCAUGGGGAUUAUAACUUCAUUAUUUGGGAUUUUUGUUGCAUUUUAUUUACCUGAUACUGUUACCACUGCCUGGUUUUUAAAUGAUGAAGAAAAAUUAUUAGUUUUAGAAUCAAUUAGAUCAAAUCAAACUGGUACAAAAACUAGUAAAUUUAAAAAGGAACAAUUAUAUGAAUUAUUAUUUAAAGAUAAAUUAACUUGGCCUUUAUUUAUUUUAACUAUUGCUUCUCAAAUCGUUACUGGUGCCAUUGGAACUUUUAGUGUUACUAUUACUCUUUCAUUUGGAUUCUCCAAUUAUGAAUCAGCUUUAUUACAAUUACCAGUUGGUGCACUUAUUAUUAUCAUCAUUAUAACUGCCACUCAAUUAGUAUCAAGAUAUGGUCAUAUUACUUAUAUUGCAGCAUCAAUGUUUAUUCCAACCAUAAUUGGAGCUAUUGUUUUAUUAUCAACUCAACUUCAAAAACAAAAAAUUGGUAAUUUAUUAGCCAUGUAUUUAUUAUAUAGUGGUUCUUGUGUUAUUACUUUGAUUUAUGCUUGGAUUAGUGCUAAUACUGCGGGUACAAGUAAAAGAUAUUUUAGAAGUGCUAUGACCAUGAUUGCUUUUUCAAUUGCAAGUAUUAUUGGUCCUCAAUUAUUUCAAGCUUAUUCAUAUCCUGAUUAUCAUCCGGCAAAGAUCACUAUUUUAGUAACUCAAAUUGCUUGUAUUCCAUUAACAUUCUUAGUAGGUUACCUUUCUAAAAUUGAAAAUGAAAUGAGAGAUCAAGAAGCAAUUGUUGAAACAAUUGCAAAUCAUGAAUUUUUAGAUUUAACUGAUAUUCAAAAUAAAAAGUUCAGAUAUACCUUUUAAAUCCAAUCUUUGGUUAUUAACUUCUUUAUACUGUAUAUACCUUUAUAAUAACUUUUGCAUUUAUACA